CCGAUCUGAGCCUGGUGAACGGAGAGGAGAGCUGCCUAUACUUCGCUGGGAAUUCUCUCGGGCUCCAGCCAAGAAAAGUUAAAGCUUACUUGGAUGAAGAACUGGACAAGUGGGCUCGAACAGGUGUUCACGGCCAUUUCAAUGGUCAGCGCCCGUGGGCUUUGGCAGACGAGUGCAUCCUGGACCUGAUGGCUAAGGUGGUUGGGGCUCAAAGACAUGAAGUAGCCUUAAUGAAUGGGCUAACUGUUAACUUGCACCUCCAGAUGCUAUCUUUCUUUAAGCCUACUCCAAGACGCUAUAAAAUUCUUCUAGAAGCCAGAGCUUUUCCCUCUGACCAUUAUGCUGUUGAGUCCCAACUGCGUCUUCACGGACUUGAUGUGGAGAAAUGCAUGCUCAUGAUGCAGCCACGGCAGGGGGAGGAGACCUUGAGGAUUGAAGAUAUCCUUGCUGUAAUUGAGAAGGAAGGGGACUCUAUUGCUGUCAUUCUGUUCAGUGGGGUGCAGUACUACACGGGACAGCUGUUUGACAUCCCUAGAAUAACAAAGGCUGGCCAAGAAAAGGGUUGCUUUGUUGGGUUUGACCUGGCUCAUGCUGUUGGGAAUGUAGAGCUUCAUUUGCAUGACUGGGGAGUAGAUUUUGCCUGCUGGUGCUCCUACAAGUAUUUAAAUUCUGGAGCAGGAGGCCUUGCUGGUGCCUACAUUCAUGAGAAGCAUUCCCAGAGUAUUAAACCAGCGCUAAUCGGCUGGUGGGGUCAUGACUUCAAAACACGAUUCCUCAUGGAAAACAAAUUACAGCUAAGUGAAGGAAUUAAUGGAUUUCGGUUAUCAAAUCCUCCAAUUUUACUGGUCUGUGCUCUGCAAGCUAGUUUAGAGGUCUUUGGUCAAACUACAAUGAAAGCAUUGAGAAGGAAAUCUGUUCUACUCACCGGUUACUUGGAAUACCUGAUAAAACAUUACUACAGUGAGGAUAAAACAAAACCAGAGAAGCCCUUUGUAAAAAUAAUUACCCCAUCUCAGAUUGAGGAAAGAGGAUGCCAACUCACACUCUCUUUUUCCCUUCCAAUCAAAUCUGUGUUUAAAGAGCUGGAGAAGAGAGGAGUAGCUUGUGACAUGCGAGAACCAAACGCUCUUCGCGUUGCCCCAGUUCCUCUCUACAAUUCUUUCCAUGAUGUGCACAGAUUUAUUGAAAUCCUGGGAUCUGCAAUUACAUCUUCAAAACAAACAGCAAACAAUACUGUGCUAUCUGGUUCUUAUUGAUGGCUCAGCUGUAUCUUUUAAUCUAUUUCUGACUAAGAUGCAUUUAUCCCGCUGAGCGAUUCUUUGCUUCUAGUAGACUGAGCUAUAUCCCAUGCAAUUUGCAAAAAAAUAACUGUGCUUGAAUAGUUAUUUACAACAGAUAUAGUUUUAUUAAAGCUCAUAUUUCC